AUCACGCUCAAAGUAUCCACUACUUAAGCAGAAGCAUCUUUGCAGACCCCAGCACCGAAUAAACUUUCUGCACAAGAUCAUGUUCUCCAGUUUGAUUUUUGUAUUAAACUGAUUGAGAUUGAGAAAGGGUAAACAUCCCUGAACCAAACUGAAGAAGAUGAGUCUUCAUCGAAGGAGUUGCACUGCUGACCCGUCCCACAGGAAGAAGAAUGAGGCGACAUUAAAACUGUUUCGGGAACAUACUGUCAUUGGAACACGCAGAUGCUACACGUCAUCAGCCCGAUUACAACAGGAAAGAAAAGAAGUCGUUGCUUUCCCGCCUAUUAGCAAAAUGUCCCCUGCAAACAUAUCACCUUCAGACGGGAUUUCAGACCCCCAGAGGUUGCUACAUAGACAUAAAAGCGUAAAAGAUGUCAGCCUGGAAGACUGUCACUGGAAUAAGCCGUACCAGAAAAUAAAUGUGGAGACCAACACUCAGAUCAAAGCACAUUUAAAGAAUCACUUGUAUCAUCGCCUUGCAAAGAGAGUCCAUGAUGAGAAAGACAUGGGCGAUGGAAACCAAUAUGUGCUGGAGCAUGCUGAGUCCUUCUUACUAAAGUCUAGACAGAAGCCAUCGGAACAAGGAGUGGGUGAGAGUUCUGAACCAGCCUUGGAUGAAGCUCAUGUCCUCAGUAAGGGCCAUCCAGAAUCUCUUAAACGAUCCUGUGUGGAUCCAUGGAAAAUUAGAAGAUAUAACAACAAUUCAGAAAGUAUAUCUGACAGCAUUCAUGUAGGGGCUGAAGAAUGCCUCAUAACUAAUAGCACAGAAAAGGAAACCAUAAGUGAUGCAGUUCACUACAGAUCUGAUUAUGGUGAUAUGGAAAAAGCCCCUUCUGACAAAUAUUGGAACCAUGCAGAACAAGAAGGUGAUGAGAUACCGCAAUUAUCUGAGGCUGAAGGCAAAAUCAUAAGAGGGCACAUUAGCACAUCAUAUGCAGCCCCAAAGAAAGUUUUUAUGACUUAUAUUUGCGGAGGCUACCAAGAUUCAUAUCCGGAAAGAAAUGCAUUGUUUGAAAAAGCUUAUCCAAGUUUAUAUACUUACUUCAAGGAAAGAGGCUUUGAUUUCCGCAUGUUUGAUUUAAGAUGGGGCCUAAAAGAUGGUGUCAGCAAUGAUCACAUUAUGCCUUCGCUUCAUCUGGAGACACUUAAAAAGUGCCAAGAAUCACAACAAACUUCAUUUUUCUGUUUUUUAGGCCAGAAGUACGACCAGAUCACCAUUCCGGUCACUUUAUCCAAGGAAUCAUUUGAUGUAAUUAGAUCUAUAAUUGAAACCAUGAAGAAAAGACUAGAAACGCAAAAGGAGGAUGACCUCCGUGCCUCAGUACUUAAAGGAGGUGAAAAUCUUGGGCAAUCCAUAACUGACAAUAACCAGUUUAAUGAAAGUGACUCCCACCAGAAAAUACUGAAACAUGAUAAUAUAAGCGCAGAAAACAUGGAAACAAAUCAUAUCGCCAACGGAAUAGAAGAAAAAAACAUGUUUGAGCCCACUUCAAAAACAACGUCUCUUAAAUAUGACAAAGAUUUAGGUGUUCUCACUCAAUGGUAUAGACUGGAUGAAAACUGUGAUCCGAGCAUCUACAGACUCCAGCCCAUCAGCACUUUCUAUGGAGAUAUAUUUAGCAGAGACCCUUCACGCAGACAACAAGCUAAAUGUAAAUGGCUGAGCACAUUACAGAAAUUAUUUGACAUUUUCCAGGAGUAUUAUCCAAUGGCCUUUUGCAAAGACGAUAUCAGCACCCUUCUUAGAACAGUUGUGGAACAGGAAAUAGACCAAGCUUUCCAAGUCGACGGGCGUCCAGAAAACCAUUUUCAUUGCUUUAAAAGAGUCAUCACUGACAUGAAGUAUAACCUUUCAAACAAGAGUGCUUCGGAAUAUGUGGACAUCCUGCCCACCAAGGCCGAAACCAACUGCGUUCUGUACGAUGCACAGCAGCGUGUGAUCAAUGAAGUUCAUCAAAGGCUGCGUCACACCAAUAUCUACGAGUCCAGCAUCAGCUGGGGACGGGAUGGCAUAAAUCCCACUAGCAAUAGAUCGCAUGCCUACUACCUGGAUCGUCUGAGCCGGGAUUUCCAAAGAAAAGUUACUGCACAUUUUAAUAGAAUGGUUAAUUUGCAGCCAUCCACAGAAAAGACACUGAAUCGUAAACAAGUCUUCAGAAACCAAAGAAAUGAGGAAAUUUUGGAGCACGCAAAACACUGCCGCACUCUUAUAAACUGCUUCAUGGGACGGGAAACUUUCCUUAAAGAGAUUGAAGACUGCAUUAGAUCCACUGAUGGACAUCUGACUGUGGUGCACGGGAAGCAAGGCAGCGGCAAAAGCUCCAUCAUAGCUAAGGUGGCUACCUUGGCAAAAGAGUACAUUACAGGGGAUGUAAGGAUUGUUACUCGCUUUAUCGGCAGCACUGGGGAGAGUCGAAACCUACGCUUGUUACUACAAAGCCUUUGUGGCCAGAUUGCAUACAUAUAUAACCUCUCAACACACUUCUCUGAGGACCUGAAAGGACUUAUAAAUGAGUUUUCAUCAUUGUUGGAAAUGGCCGAUGAGAGCAGGCCUCUGAUGGUAGCUUUGGACGGCAUAGAUGAGCUCUCAGAGCAUGAAGCUGGACUCUCCUGGAUCCCGACAAAGCUGUCACCACACAUCUAUUUCAUAGUAUCUACUUCCACAGAGUCUGAAGUCUUCACUCUGUUACAGAAACAUUCACCAAAUCACAGAUCUGCUCAGAUACCAUGCCUCAGCUACUCAGAGAUAAAUACGAUGAUUGCGUCAUGGUUGAGAAGAGAUCGUCGUAGACUGACCAGCCACCAAAUGAAAGUAUUGUUGGAUGUCUGUGUAGACUGUCCACUCCCACUCUUUGUGCUAGGUUCAUACUGGGAGUCAUGUCUAUGGACCUCAUAUACCCCUGACAAAGACACUUAUCUCCAUCCUAAUCUUAUGAAGAUGUACUCUGGGAUAUUAGCAAGACUUGAAAGGAACCACGGAGAACAGUUUGUGAAAAAAAUGGCAUCUUACAUGUCCUUUUCAAGGAAUGGCAUCACCGUUGAAGAGCUUUUAGACCUGUUGUCAUUAGACCAAGUGGUCAUGAAGGAAAUAAAUCAGUACCAAGGUGUAACCCUGUCAGUAUUUCCAGAGGUGCUAUUGCUAAAGCUGCAAAAUGACUUUGGAAUCCAUUUGGUGGAACAGAGGACAGACAAUACUUAUGUCAUAAACUUUGCCCAUGCAUACUUCAGAACUGUUUGUAUAAAUAGAUAUGUCAAGUCAAGGGAAUAUCAGCUUUCCAUCCACUCUAACUUUGCCAAUUACUACCUAGAAAGUAAGAGCCGCCAUAGACACAGUGCUAAUGACCAAGUGGCUCCUUUAAUGCCCCUGUCAUGGAUGGGGAAGACAGAGAGUAGGACUGGCCAUGUGUUUAAUCUUCGCAAAAUCUUAGGAAUAAGUUACCAUCUGAUCCAAUCUAACCAGAUCUCACGUCUGAUAACAGAAUGCUUAUUUAAUUAUGAGUACCUCUUAUACAAGUCAUGGGCCACGUCGGUGGUCAACAUACAAGAAGAUGUCAAGGCUGCCAUCAGCCCUGAACGGCCAAUGCUUGAUUUAAACCUGCUAUCUGAGGUUCUUCAGCUGUCCAGAGGUGUCUUACUCAGGGAUCCUUGUCAGCUGGCUUCUCAGCUUGUGGGACGUCUACACCAGAUUGAAUCCUUAGACAAACCUGUGGCCCCAGGUGAUCCAAGGAAAUACCCUUUGCUACCGUCCUUACUGUCUCAAUGUACACAAUCCUCUGUACCGGUAUUUGUGCCCUCAUUCACCUGCCUUUUACCUCCUGGAGGCCUUCUUUGUGAGACUUUAGCAGGCCACACUGAAAGUAUUACAGCAGUAGCAGAAGCACAAGAUGGUUUACGGGCAGUGACGGCAUCUAGAGAUGGCACCUUGAAAGUAUGGGACCUCACCACCGGGAAAGCUGCGUUCACUGUUCAUGGAGUUGGAAGAAACAUCGACUCAAUUACAGUCUGCAAUCAAAACAAAUUUGCGGCGGUUACUGAGAACCAUAGCUUCAAAAUAUGGGACCUUUCUCUGGGGAGAAUGGUUUAUAGUACCAAAGACUUUUUGGAUGCCCCUAUUCUCACCUCUGCUAUGGACGGUCAACUACUCUUAGCUUUUUUUGAUGGAAGCCACUUGGUUAAGGUAUUUGACCUGACAGACGCUUGCAGACUUAUCUGCCAGGUUGACAUACCUGCCGACGAGGCACCUGUUCACAAAAAUCACUCUAUACUGGUAUCAAGAAACUCAGUGAAAGACUACAUUCUAUUUGCAUACAGGAGCGGGAAGGAAGCCAUGGUGCUCAGUGCCAGAAAAGGGGCUGUUGUGUCGAAACUAACUACCCAGGACCCAGUAGCCUCAAUCCAAGGAGUGGCUGUAACAAAGGAAUACUUCCUGGUUGUCUGCAGAUACCCAUCCAUGAAGAUGCAUGAUAUUGUCCAUAUAGAACUCUUCAGCGUGCACACGUUCGCCUACAUCCGCACAGUGAAAGGCUGCGGCACUGAUUUCAUCACAAAGUUUGCUGUAAACCGCCAAGGAUCUCACGUCAUAGCAUUUUCCCAGAUACCCAACACCAACACUACAGAAAUAUUGGUUUGGAAUUUGGAAACUGAAGACCACAAGCACAUGGUAACAUUUUCAUCAGUGCCCAAAGGAGGAAUAUGUUUUGACCUCCGUUACUGUUUAGCUUUUUGCGAUGGAGAGAGCUUCUUAAGGUCGUGGAACCUGGCUGGCCAUAUAAAUGAUCAGUCUCUCACUGUAAACAUCAAGCGAGCAAAGAAAGUUGAUGGGAUUCAAGAGGUUAUUACAAUGAAAAAGUUUCCAAGGUAUGUGGUUUGCAGAAGCGUGAGGCCAGGAGUCAUCACAGUAUGGAACAUCGUGAAGUCAAAGUGCAAAAGCAGCGCAGUCCGCGUGGAGCGCGGGCUGGUGGAAAACAACGAUGUGGUGCUGGUCAGAGAUAUGAUGCUGUAUAUCCUUACUGAUAGAGGCAUGGCCUCAUUCACUGAUACCCCAAGGCCUAUAUUCCAGACGCUUCUGACAUACGACUUGCUGAAAAAGAAAUAUGUUCGCAGACAGACAGGCCUCUAUGUGAUACCGUGUCCUAAGCAUGAAUAUAGGGUGCUAGAAGGUGGAUUACUAUUGGGACUAUCGGAGAACAGGGACCAUUUUGUUAUUUGGAACCUGGACACUGGCUUCAUAAAAGAUCGCUUAAGGGCACAGUUUAAGAACAAGCCUUCUGUAUUGUUGGAGCACGAUGCGCUCAAGGAGAAUCUUCACAAAGAAGCACUAAUGCGAAGACAGAAAGGAAAAGAUGCAGUGCUUCUGACACCGUGGGAAAGACGUAACGAGACAAAAACUGCAAAGAGGCGACGGAGGGAAAGGGAGGUGAAGCAGGAGGUAGAGAAGAUGCAGCAGCUUCUGAAUGAGAAAAACAACGCUAUUGACCAGUACCUGCUUAGUGACAAUGAGAAGGUGAUCGUGUGCUCGUACUAUGCACACCACCUCUGUGUGUUCAGCUUGGAGACAAUGACCCAUCUGCAUACUUUAGAAGACGGCAGGUCUAUGCUGUUCCUACACAAUGCCGCUCUCACGUAUGACGGAAGCUUCCUGAUUCUCUCCAACUACUGCGAUGCUGAAAAGAUCAGUUAUGUGACGCUGUGGGACCUUCAGAAUGGCCUGGUGAAGAAACGACUAAAGAAUGAGCCAAAUGUUGCCUGUAUGGCUCUCACCGAUGAUGCAAAUAGGAUUGUUUUUGGCGUUACCCUGGGAAACAAACUAAAGGUCUGGGACCCUUUUAGACAUAAACACAAAAUAAUCUCAGGGUAUGAGAGCUUGCAUAUCACCGUUGACAGCAAACUGCAUGUCAUAGAAGGGGGAUCCAAGGCAAUCUUACUAUCAGAUGAUGUGAGCUUGUGGGAUUUAGAUAAAGGAACACUUGUGUCUGUCUUCACCCCGGACAGCAGAAUCUGCAGCCUGUCUUUAGCAACAGACAGGCGCACCAUACUUGUUGGCAUGAGCGAUACACCAUCACUUGUCACUCUAAAGAUAGCGUCCCAAGACAAAGAAAACACAUAUUCCACAGGAGCGGAUUUAUUCGGGGAAGAAUCUACAAGCAGCGAAGAUGAACCAGACGAUAAGGACCAAUCCCAAAGUAUUUAA